GUAACUGUAUCUUGGAGUAAAGGAAUGGCACUCCCGCAGACCAACACUGUUGUGCGUAUCCAUCCUGGAAAGCUGGCGGAUAUCAGGGUGGAGCAGCUUCCAACACCCACGAUCGAGCAUCCCGACGACGCAAUUGUUAAAGUGCUCAAAGCCGGCUUAUGCGGAUCAGACCUCCACGCGUACCGUGGUCUUGAGCCCUUCACAGAGCCAUACAUCUGCGGGCACGAGCUCAUAGGCGAAGUCGUCGCUCUCGGUUCUGCCUUUGGACAGGAAGUCGAGGGCAGGCCAGCACUCUACGGGAAGCUCAAGGUGGGGGAUAAGGUCGUCUCACCAUUCACGUGUUCGUGCGAGGAGUGCCAUUUCUGCCGCAUCGGAUUCCCCUCCCGCUGCGUCCAUUCCCUGCUAUUCGGCUCGCCCUACCUCCCAGGCGCGCAAGCGCAGUAUGCGCGUAUCCCCAAAGCCGGGGGCACGCUCUUCCUCCUCCCACCGUCCCUGCCAGCCGACAUGCCAGAAGAGAGUUUCAUGCUGUGCGGUGAUAUCCUCCCGACGGGAUACUUUGCUGCUCUACAGGCUCUGGGGCACCCGAACGUCGCUCCUAUUAUCAGGGGGGAGAGCUACCCGGGCGUGAUGGGCGCGAUUGUCCCUCGCGUACAGGAGGAAGGCACGAGGGUGAUCAAGGAAGACCAGAAAUUGGGAGUCGCGAUCGUCGGUCUUGGCCCAGUGGGGAUCUGCGGCCUCGUAGCCCUGCUCGAUAUCCUCUCCCAGGCCAAUGUACAGACUUACAAGGUCUAUGCGGUGGAUCCUGUCCCCGCGCGUAGGGCGAAGGCACUCGCCAUCCUAAAGAAGAUGAAGCCGGAGGAGGCGGCACAUGUCGAGGUGCUUGAUAUUGAGGAAGCAAAGGAGAAGGUAACAAAGGAGACUGUAAAGGGGUGCGAUGCUGUGCUUGAAAUUGUGGGGAACGACAGUGCAUUGGUGCUGGCAUACGACCUGCUCCGUCCGUUUGGUGUCAUCUCCAGCGUAGGAGUGCACACCUCCCCCCAGUUCCCGCUAAACGGCGAUACCCUGUAUACGAAGAACGUCUCUGCCUCCUUCGGCCGAUGCCCUGUGCGGGCGAUGUUCCCGCUCGCUGUGGACCUGCUGGUACGCCGACGGGACGUGCUCGCUGGUGUUGGGGGUGAGGAAGCGCUGGUGGAGCGGGUGAUCCCUAUGAGUGAAGCGGUGGAGGGGUACGAGAAGUUUGACAGUCGUGUGUGGGGCAAGGUAGUAUUCGAUCCCUGGGCGUGAAUUAAUAGAGUAGAUAUAUAUCUGUUGAGAAUGAAUAAGAAUUUGGGUUGAGAGGAGAAAUAAGGAAAUGCGGUGAC